UUGGCUCCGUGGCUGCCAGUCACUCAGCACCUCGGUUCGGAUUGGUGAGAAGGAUUCUCGGCAAGAAGAUCAGAAGUAGUGAAGUCUCUCUGCUCUGCCUCCAGCUUGCCUUUGCUGGCGACUCCCCUGCAAGAUGGCGCUGAUGGGUGUGCAGCUCGUAGUGUCCUUGUUGGUGGCCAGCCUCAUGCAGAAGAUGGCACCCCACUGGUCCUUCGCACGGUGGCUCUUGUGCAAUGGAAGUUUGCGCCGUUACAAGCAUCCGUCAGAAGAGGAGUUGUUUGCCCUGGCUGGCAAGCAGAAACCCAAAGCCAAGCGGGACCGGAGGAUGAACGGCGUUACUGAUGAGAAGCCUUUAUCUGUGCCCAGAGAUAUUGAUUUGCGACUGGAGACCAGCCCCAUCACGACGAUCGAUGCUCUGGUCCUACGCUAUUUCCUGGAGUAUCAAUGGUAUGUCGACUUUGCACUGUACUCCACAUUCAUCUACCUCUUCACCGAAGGCUAUUACUGUCUGGUGGACCCCCGGAAGGAAGCCAAUAUCGGGAUCCUCUGGUGCCUUCUCACCGUCAUCUUCUCCGUCAAGAUAUUUUUCAUGGUGAUGCGCCACUACUUCCGCUCCGAGGAGGGAGGCGAGCGCUCCGUCUGCCUCUCCUUCGCCUUCUUCUUCCUCCUGAUCGCCAUGAUCGUCCUCGUCAUCCGGGAAGACUAUCUCGAAUUCGGCCUGGACAGGGGACUGACCAACGUCAAUGACAACUUGGAGGUCUUCUUAAUGGAGCAAGGGUGGGAGUGGACGAUCCCCGUGACCAAGCUGAGCGUCCGACUGGGACUGGUAGCUCUCUGCUCGUUCAUCGGUGCCUGCCUCACCUUCCCAGGACUGCGCCUGGCUCAGACACACUUGGACGCCCUCAAGAUGGCAGCUGACCGACCAAUGGUCCAACUCCUCCUCCAUGCCAGCUUCCUCGCCCCUGUGAUCGUUGUGCUGAUGUGGAUCAAGCCCAUUUCCCGGGACCUCCUCUUGCACUCCCCCAUGGGCAAGCAAACCAUGCAGCUCAUGUCUGACGCCACCUACAAUUCCUUCCGCCUCUGGAUGAUUGUGGCACUCUGCGUCCUGCGCUUGGCCGUCACUCGCCUCCACCUCCAAGCCUAUCUGAACCUUGCGGAGCGCUGGGUGGAGCAGAUGAAGAGAGAGGCCGGCCGCAUCACCGUGCUAGAGAUCCAGCGGAAGAUCACCCGAAUUUACUGCUAUGUAACCGUGGUCAGCUUGCAGUACUUGGGUCCGAUCAUUCUCACCCUACACUGCACACUGCUCCUCAAAACUCUCGGCGAAUACUCCUGGGGUCUUUAUCCAGAAUCUGCCCCCAAAUCCCCGGCAGUGGAUACAGUGCCUGUGCUCCAAGCUACCCCCUCGGCUGAAUCUGGGACAGAAGACAUCCAAGCCACGGUUCAGCAGAUCACGGGGGCCCUCGGCGCUCUAAGCGCCGUCUUCACGCCCCUCUUCUACCGUGGGCUCCUCUCUUUCCUCACCUGGUGGGUGGCUGUCUGCCAGGUCGUCUCCAGUCUCUUCGGGCUCUAUUUCCACCAAUAUCUGGCUGCGUCCUAACCAAGAGAAUCUCCUGCUCUUCUUGCACAGCCUUGGACUGCUCUUUCAGGGAGAAGCUGGCUGCGGGAGCUGCUGAUUGGUCAGUAGCUGUGCCGUCGCCAGGGAUUAGCCAACUACUGUGCAGUGCCUCCUCCAAUAGGAGAAGCUUCUACUGACUCCCUCCCCUUACACCACUACGGCCCAGAAGCAGGCUGCAGGGGGAUGGAUCAUGGCCUCCGUUGCUCUGUUGCACCCCUGUGGCUUUAGGAGAGCCUAGCGGAUGUUCUCCAAGAGCUGAGCGGCUGUUACUCCAUGGCUAUUUAUGCUUGCUGUGCUAUAGCCCAGAGAGGUCACAGACUGUGGUGCCAAUCAGUGAACUUGGCUUUGAUUCAAAGCUUUGGUUUUUAAAAACAAUAAAGGUUCCUAGUCCUCAUGA